GCUUCUAUGGAUAUACGAUAAUGAACAAGAGCAAGCACGUCAAGGUGGACGUAGUGGAUCAGGAGACUGCCGCAGAUCUCAUUAACGGCCCCCGCUUCUCCGCCUUGGAUGAGCUUUCAGAUAACUGCUACGAGGUAACAUCGAGAAAGAAGAGUAUACGUCACAAUCUUCCUAUCCAGAUUGGUUUUUUCGUUUACUCCUAUGCAAAGUUAAGAAUGCUCUCUUUUUACUUUGAUGUGCUCGUGAGUUACAUCCCUCGACCGUACUUCUCUCUUUGUGAGAUGGAUACGGACUCGCUGUACAUGGCACUUGCAGCUGACACGCUGGAUGAGCUCAUAAAACCUGAGCUCAGGCAAGAUUGGGCUCAGAUAAAGUUGCAGUGGUUUCCUCGUACAGAUACCGAAGAACACGCGGCUUACGAUAGGAGGACGCCAGGGUUAUUCAAAGUAGAGUGGAGCGGAGGUGGCUUUGUUGGACUUUCGGCUAAAACCUAUUUCUGUUUCGAACCUGAUGCCAAACAGAAAGAGAAGUGUUCGACAAAAGGCAUCAACAAGGCAGCUCAGGUCACUAUAGAGCAUUUCCGUUCAGUUCUGCAAACGAAGCAAAGUGUCAGCUCAACAAACAGAGGCUUCAUAGUCAAGAACAACACCAUGUUGAGCUAUCGAAUGGAAAGAAAGGGCUUGAGCUACUUUUACUGUAAAAGGAAGAUACUUGAUGACGGCAUCAGUACCACUUUUUUAGACAUUUGAUGUAUCUCACAUCGGUUUUGUAUACAGUAUAUGUAAAUUUGUAAUUGGAAGCUGUAGUUUCAUUCUAUUUUUGUCUUUGUGUAAAACUGAUGUUUACAUCCUUUGAUAUUUUACGCUGAUUGGUCUUAACCUUGAUCACGUGACUCGAUAGAAACCCUACUCCAUAUUAGAAGGCAAUGUUCCCUUGUUAUACCAUAAAUGGUAAUCUGUAGUUCGACCACCUGUGGUCGACUACCUGUGAUCACGUGACAACGCCAACUAGCCAACCAGAUUCACAAAAACGAAUAUAAAUCACGUGAC